CCAGGCCCAGUGCGCAUGCUUGCGACCCGCUUUGCUUGCAACCGUGGCUGAGUUGUCUUCACCUGGUCUGCGAUUAUCCGAGGAGCCGCAUCCUCCCUCGGCGGUCCCGCAGCGGCCCGUGCUCUGCAGCCGACGCCGUGCUCCCGACCGCCGCGUGUGGCGGGCAGACCCUCGCCGCAAAGCCGCGGAGGGCAAGAAGAGGAUGGCCACCUCCGGCGUGGAGAAGAGUAGCAAGAAGAAGACCGAGAAGAAACUUGCUGCUCGGGAAGAAGCCAAGCUGCUCGCGGGUUUCAUGGGCGUCAUGAACAACAUGAGAAAGCAGAUGAAGAUAAUGAGUGCUUGAGUGGCAAGGACCCUCUGCAUACACUCAGAAACAUUCUUUCAAGGAUUUCAGAGAGAGUAAUAUACUUCAAUUCCAGCCCUACUCUACUGCUCAUUUAUUCUAUGGAUUUAGGUAGCACAAUUUAGAGAACAUUAUGUGACGUGAUCCUCAUGGUCCAGGAAAGAAAGAUACCUGCUCACCGUGUUGUCCUUGCUGCAGCCAGUCACUUUUUUAACUUAAUGUUCACAACUAACAUGCUUGAAUCUAAGUCCUUUGAAGUUGAACUCAAAGAUGCUGAACCUGAUAUUAUUGAACAGCUGGUGGAAUUUGCUUAUACUGCUAGAAUUUCCGUGAAUAGCAACAAUGUUCAGUCAUUGUUAGAUGCAGCAAAUCAAUACCAGAUUGAACCUGUGAAGAAAAUGUGUGUUGAUUUUUUGAAGGAACAGGUGGACGCAUCAAAUUGUCUUGGUAUAAGUGUGCUUGCAGAGUGUCUGGACUGUCCUGAACUGAAAGCGACAGCGGAUGACUUUAUUCAUCAGCAUUUUACUGAAGUUUACAAAACUGAUGAAUUUCUCCAACUUGAUGUCAAACGAGUAACCCAGCUUCUUAGCCAGGACACACUGACUGUGAGAGCAGAGGACCAGGUUUAUGAUGCUGCAGUGAGGUGGUUAAAAUAUGAUGAGCCUAAUCGCCAGCCAUUUAUGGUUGAUAUUCUUGCUAAAGUCAGAUUUCCUCUUAUUUCGAAGAAUUUCCUAAGUAAGACAGUACAAGCUGAACCACUUAUUCAAGACAAUCCAGAAUGCCUUAAAAUGGUGAUAAGUGGAAUGAGGUACCAUCUACUGUCUCCCGAAGAUCGAGAAGAACUUGCAGGUGGCACACGACCUAGAAGAAAGAAACAUGAUUACCGCAUAGCUCUGUUUGGAGGCUCCCAACCACAGUCCUGUAGAUAUUUUAAUCCAAAGGAUUAUAGCUGGACAGACAUUCGCUGCCCCUUUGAGAAACGGAGAGAUGCAGCGUGUGUGUUUUGGGACAAUGUGGUAUACAUUUUGGGUGGUUCUCAGCUUUUCCCUAUAAAGCGAAUGGAUUGCUACAAUGUUGUGAAGGAUAGCUGGUAUUCCAAACUGGGUCCUCCAACACCUCGAGACAGCCUUGCUGCCUGUGCUGCAGAAGGCAAGAUUUAUACAUCUGGAGGUUCAGAAGUAGGAAACUCAGCUCUAUAUUUAUUUGAGUGCUAUGAUACAAGAACUGAAAGUUGGCACACGAAGCCCAGCAUGCUAACUCAGCGCUGCAGCCAUGGGAUGGUGGAGGCCAAUGGCCUCAUCUAUGUUUGUGGUGGAAGCUUAGGCAACAAUGUUUCUGGGAGAGUGCUCAGUUCCUGUGAAGUCUAUGACCCUGCCACAGAAACAUGGACUGAGCUGUGUUCAAUGAUUGAGCCCAGGAAGAAUCAUGGACUGGUGUUUGUAAAGGACAAGAUAUUUGCUGUGGGUGGCCAGAAUGGUUUAGGUGGUCUGGACAAUGUGGAAUAUUACGACAUUAAAUUAAAUGAAUGGAAGAUGGUGUCGCCGAUGCCGUGGAGGGGUGUAACAGUGAAGUGUGCUGCGGUCGGCUCUAUCAUCUAUGUGCUGGCCGGCUUUCAGGGUGUAGGUAGACUAGGGCACAUCCUUGAAUAUAAUACAGAAACAGACAAAUGGAUUGCCAACUCCAAAGUCCGUGCUUUCCCAGUCACAAGUUGUCUAAUUUGCGUUGUUGAUACUUGUGGAGCAAAUGAAGAGACCCUUGAAACAUGAGUGAGUGGAUCCCGACUCAGCUGAGACUCAGAAAUCUGGCUACCAGUGGUUUGUUCCAUUAGUUUGGUUGUGACGUUCUGGUCUGGUAUUUUGAUAAGUAAGAUUCCAAUAAAAUACAAGUUUAUUUUACCUGGAUUUGAUUACUUCAUUCAAAGACCAUAUUUUAGCUGGCCAUAUAACCAAGAAGCUAUCAGCCAGAAAACUUGAAAGUUAUAAGCAUUUCUUGGAAAUUAAGAAUUUCAAAUGUAUAACUGAUUCUGACAGAGUGGGGCAUGCUCAUCAGAGAAGUAGCCCAGCUUAGCUUUAGAUUCUAUUUUCAUAUUGUGUAAGUGCUGUGUAGUUAGUCUGUUUCUGUUUGGUCAAGACUAAGUAGUAGCGUGGAUUAUAUUUCAAGAUGGCAAACUCUGAUAGAGUAAAUGUAUCUAGUAUUAAGUAUUUUGCUUGUCUUCAUUUAUUUCAUUUAGUGCCAAACUAUUCCAUUCUAAAGUAAGCAAGAGCAGCUCAAGGCAUACAUAUUUUCUUCACACAUUUGGAGAUUUAACACCAUACCAAAUUAUUCAUGGAAUAUAUUCAGUCCAAUUAAAUGAAAUAUUCCACAUUUUCAUGUAGAAUAUUCUUAGCACUCAUCAUCAAUUUAUGUGGUUUUUCCUCAGCAAUGUAAAAAGUACUCUGCACCCUCAGUUCUUACUGUGAAAGCCAAUCAGAAUACAGUGGUUAGCCACAGAAGAAAGGCUGUUUGAAGAAAUUCUGGGUUGCCAGAAAAGCAUUGAUAACUGUAGCCUGGUAUCAUGUGGAUUUUAAGAUACUGUUUUCUUUUUUUCCUAGCAAAACAUGUCAGAGACAACUCAGUUUUCUCUAAAUAUUUUAUAAUUGGCAUUAAGUAUAUGUCACUGUUCAUUGCUUUGAUGUAGUCAACAAACUACCAAACCAUUUAUUAAUUUUUCCCCAGUGUUUUACCCUUUGACUAUGUAUGAGAUGUGCCAUGUAAAACUGUCAAUCAUCAAUGUUUUUCUGAUAUUAAAUAUUUUUAACUUAAAAUAGAUUUGCUCUGUUUAUUCAUUCUAAGUGUGUUCAAUAAUGUUUUUAAAAUUUGUGCAGGUGUUUCCAUUUUUAAUUUUUCUCUAUAUAGAGGUUAUAGACUAAAAUGUUUAAAAUAAAAAUGAAUUUAAAAAUUU